AUGCGACCUCCAUUCGUCCCCGUCGCUCGCCCCCCUGUGCGCAAAGUCCUCAGUACAGCUAUAGGAUAUGACAAGCAUGAAUCCGCCGGCCUGAAGCUUCCUGGUACGCACAAGGAUCCCAAAAUACUCCGCGAGCUUCUGAAGAAACACUUCCACUAUAAGGACCAGGACUUCACGAUCCUUAUGGAUGACGGAAGACACGAGUGUCCAACUCGUGCAAAUAUAGUAAGAUCGUUCUUCCGGGAAAUCCGUGCGAUGCAUGAGCUUGUGAAGGACGCUCGUCCUGAAGAUCAUUUCAUACUUCACUUCUCUGGCCAUGGAGAUCAGAUACCAAACCUAAAUGGUGCAGAAAAGGAUGGAUAUGACGAAGGUAGGAAGCUCACCUCUCUCUUCAACUUUCUUGAGAGUCCUCACCACCCCACAGUCAUCUUCCCUGUCGAUAUCAAUUACACAGGGCCCGGGGACUUCGACAACUAUAUUAUGGACGAUGAAAUCCACGACAUACUGGUAGACCAUGUGCCCAGGGGCGCUCAUUUCGUUAUGAUUUUCGAUUGCUGCCAUUCCGGAACCAUGGCCGAUCUUCCAUUCAGCGAGGAGGAGGAUGCUUGGCAGUCUCCAGCUGACCGCAGGCUAGCACAAAGUGUUCGUUUCCAUGGAUCACAUGCGGGUGGCAGACCUACCAGAAUCGUGCCCGAAUCAUGGUCCGCGUGCAGAGAUGCGGAGCUGGCACAGUGCAACGGCCAAGGAGGGCUCUUCAUUAGGGCUUUUACUGCUGCUCUGGAGGCACACGAUCAUGCAACCCACGAAGAGUUACUCCACGCUAUAACACAAGAAAUGUCGCGGAUAAUCGCAAAGUCGUAUAGGAAACGACAUGCGCUCAUACCUGAGGAGAUGAUUCGUCCGCAAAAUCCAGAGUACGAUUGCGACAUACCAAUAGAACAAAUCCGCGAUACACCCGUCCAAUUGUGA